AUACCUAAAACGACACCCUGCGAAGCUUCCUGGAACCUGACAUUUUUGGUCCAUUACAGAAUUAUUACUACGCCUUUCAAUGAUUUCUGUGUGCUCUGUAGUCACUGUGUGCGCGUAUAAAGAGCAUCCAAGUUUCGGCAGCAAUUUCUGGGCUGCAUUGGAUCGAGAUACGGAGUACUGUUGGGUGUAGAGCCAUGGCGUCGACGGGCUACGAGGCGGCGAGGAGGCUCGAGGGAGGCGAGCACAAAGGCGGUAGGAUGAGCAAAGAGGCGCAGCAGGGCCACGGCCACACCCACGGCCGCACCGCCCACAACAUGUCCUCGUCGUCGCUGCGCAAGAAGUCGGACCUGUCGCUGGUGUCGAAGGUCCGCUGCCGCUUCCUCAGGGCGCUCCUCGCCAACCUGCAGGAGAUCUUCCUCGGCACCAAGCUCUUCGUCCUCUUCCCCGCCGUCCCCCUCGCCGUCGCCGCCAGCUACUUCAACUUCGGACGCGCGUGGCUGUUCGCGUUGAGUUUGCUGGGCCUCGCUCCUCUCGCUGAGCGUGUCAGCUUCCUGACAGAACAAAUCGCAUACUACACCGGGCCAACUGUUGGUGGCCUCCUGAAUGCAACAUGCGGAAACGCCACCGAGCUGAUCAUAGCUCUGUUUGCGCUGCGGGAGGGGAAGAUUGAGGUGGUGAAGUGUUCCCUGGUUGGAUCUGUCCUCUCCAACCUAUUGCUUGUUCUUGGGACCUCCCUCUUCUUUGGCGGCCUGGCCAACCUCCACAAAGAGCAAUUCUAUGAUCGAAAACAAGCCGACGUGAACACCGGUCUGCUCCUUCUGGGCGCGCUGUGCCACAUCCUGCUGCUAAUGUUCGGGUACGCCAUGAACUCCGGAGAGCACGCGGCGGUGGACACCGUUCGAAGAUUGGCAUUGUCGAGAGCGUGCAGCGUCGUGAUGCUCCUUGCCUACGUUGCUUACCUCUUCUUCCAGCUAAAGACCCACCGCCAACUGUUCGAAUCGAAGGAGGGAGACGAGGACCACGACGAUGGGGUAUCCGAAGACGAGCCCGUCAUUGGAUUCCCUUGCGCGGUGGCUUGGCUGGUGGGGAUGACGACCGUGAUUGCAGCAUUAUCUGAGUACGUUGUCGGCACCAUUGAGGCUGCUUCAGAUUCUUGGGGAAUCUCCGUGAGCUUCAUCAGCAUCAUCUUGCUCCCAAUAGUUGGCAACGCAGCAGAGCAUGCGGGUGCCAUCAUUUUUGCUUUCAAGAACAAGCUGGAUAUAACUCUUGGUGUCUCCCUUGGUUCGGCAACACAGAUCUCCAUGUUUGUGGUUCCAUUGAGUGUUCUUGUGGCCUGGAUAAUGGGAAUCGAGAUGGAUCUUGAUCUUAAACUGUUGGAAACUGGCUCAUUGAUCAUGGCAAUCCUAGUAAUAGCCUUCACUUUACAGGAUGGCACUGCACAUUACUUGAAGGGGCUCGUGCCCCUGCUCUGCUACAUUGCAAUCGCUGCAUGCUUCUACGUUUACAGAUCUCCAAAUCAAACAAACAAGGGUGCUGUGAUCACAGCAGCGUAGUAGAUACGCAAAACUUUCUAUAUCCUCUGUAUGUUUUAUGCUUCCUUAUUUUCCUGUAUACAAAUGCACACUGAUUUCGUUCAUGUAUGCAGUAUGAACUUCCACUUGCACAUCAUGUUGCUAAUUGGACCGAAAACAUGUAAAUGAACGAGAAUUAAGGUGACUCUUCCCAGCAAAGUAGAGAGUUCUUUUUAAGCUAGACUGAAGCAUUUGCGACCAUGGCACCAAGUUUUGCAUGAGGUUGGCGAAGAACAGGAAAGACCUAAUAAGAUUACAUGUUGAUGAACUUAUAUCUAUACGCUCUAAAUUUGAUUCUGCUGCACUAA